GGACGGACGGACUCUUAACCGAACGCAUGCGCAUUGUCCCCCGCGUUCAUUCGACGUUUUCCGCCAUUUUACACGCGACAAAGAGCACUGAAAAUCUUCCAUUUUUUACAGGCUUGGCGACAGUUUAAAGUCUUUGAGAAGCCAACAUGUCUAUCGGAGUCCCCAUCAAGGUCCUGCACGAAGCAGAAGGCCAUAUCGUCACACUGGAGACCACAACAGGCGAGGUAUACAGAGGGAAACUGGUGGAAGCAGAAGACAACAUGAACUGUCAGAUGGCCAACAUCACAGUUACGUACAGGGACGGUCGAGUGGCACAGCUGGAGCAUGUUUUCAUCCGUGGCAGUAAGAUCCGGUUCAUGAUAUUACCAGACAUGUUAAAGAACGCUCCCAUGUUCAAGAGUCAACAGAAGGGACAGAAGGCAGCCAUGGGCAAGUCUGCCAUCCUCAGAGCACAAGCUGCCAGAGGCCGUGGACGGGGAAGAGGCAACGUUUUCCAGAGAAGAAGGUGAUGGGGGAAACCAACGUCAGCCACACAGAAGCAAGGGCUUCUAAACAAGUCCUCUUUUUUUUGUAUACUCUUUUUCAUUUCAUGUAGAACUGCACUUUAUACUAGCAGUUCUGUCAUGUCUAGUAGACCGACAUCACUGGACGUACUGUAAUAUUUUGUUUCACUUGUAGGGUGUAUGUUAAGUAGCUUGAAGAAACUUUUGUAAACUAAGAUCACCAGGAAAAGUUGAGGCAUGGACGGGAAAUUUCUUCCCUUGAACUUGAAGAAAAAGUAACAUUAAGCGACAAAAAAGAUGUAUUCAGAUACUGAUUACCAGUGGAGACCCAGCUUUGGAUACAAGGGAUCUUUCCUUUCUGUACCUUAUAAGUUGUACCAGUUUAUGAAUCAUUUAGUGUGAAACAGUAGCUUUAAUUAAACUAAAUUCUUGUUGAGGCUGACAGUCUUAUUAUGGUUAAGAAAUUGUCUAAUCUAAGCCACAAGCUUCUAAAACUUAUGGUCUCUUUAGCUGUUUUUUUUUCUUUUCUGGUACUGGUAUGGAAGAAGCAUCAAUGUUAAGUAACUCACAAGGUUAUCUCAAAUUUUCCAUGAUGACUCAAGAAUGAAAGCAAAGACUUGACUGGUGUCAAUAAAGUCUUGAAAAAUUCCCA